AUGGCUACAUCGUUAACUGACACACACAAGGCUUUCGAGAAUGCCUCGACCAACGUCGCCGCGGCGCAAAUGCGCAACUCCCUGACCGAGCUCGCCGAGACGGUGAAGGACCCAGAGGAGAAGAAGCUGUUCGAGACCGAGAUGGACAACUUCUUUUCGCUCUUCCGACGGUACCUGAACGACAAGGCCAAGGGCAACUCUGUUGAAUGGGAACGCAUCGCCCCUCCUGCUCAGGGCCAGGUUGUCGAUUACGAGGACCUCUCCAACUCGGAAUCCGUCGGCUUCCUCAACAAGCUCGCUGUGCUGAAGCUGAACGGUGGCUUGGGUACCUCGAUGGGUUGUGUCGGCCCCAAGUCGGUCAUCGAGGUCCGUGAUGGCAUGUCCUUCCUCGACAUGUCUGUUCGACAAGUCGAGUACCUGAACCGAACGUACGACACCAACGUCCCGUUCAUCCUCAUGAACUCUUUCAACACGAACGACGACACUGCCGCGAUUAUCAAGAAGUACGAAGGUCACAACGUCGAUAUCCUCACCUUCAACCAGUCUCGGUACCCCAGAAUCUACAAGGACUCGCUUCUACCCGUGCCCAAGAGCUUCGAUUCUAACAUCAACGAGUGGUACCCCCCUGGACACGGUGACGUUUUCGAGUCGCUCUACAACUCGGGCAUCCUAGACAAGCUCAUCGAGCGCGGUAUCGAGAUCAUCUUCUUGUCCAACGUCGACAACCUGGGCGCCGUGGUGGAUCUGCGCAUCCUGCAGCACAUGGUCGAGACGAAGUCCGAGUACGUCAUGGAGUUGACCAACAAGACCAAGGCCGAUGUCAAGGGUGGUACCAUCAUUGACUACGAGGGCUCCGUCCGCCUUCUGGAAAUCGCCCAGGUUCCCAAGGAGCACACCAACGAGUUCAAGUCGAUCAAGAAGUUCAAGUACUUCAACACCAACAACAUCUGGAUGAACGUCAAGGCCAUCAAGCGGGUUGUUGAGAACGACGAGCUUGAGAUGGAGAUCAUCCCCAACGGCAAGUCCAUCCCUGGUGACAAGAAGGGCGAGUCCGACAUCUCCAUCCUUCAGCUCGAGACUGCUGUCGGUGCUGCCAUUCGCCACUUCCACAACGCGCACGGUGUCAACGUCCCUCGACGCCGCUUCUUGCCCGUCAAGACUUGCUCCGACCUCAUGCUCGUCAAGUCUGACCUGUACGCCGUCAAGCACGGCCAGCUCCAAAUGAGCCCCAGCCGCUUCGGUGGCGCGCCGCUCAUCAAGCUCGGCAGCGACUUCAAGAAGGUGUCAGACUUCACCAAGCGCAUCUCGUCCAUUCCCAAGAUCAUUGAGCUGGACCACCUCACCAUCACGGGUAACGUCACCCUGCAUCGUGGCGUCACGCUCAAGGGCACUGUCAUCAUCGUGGCGACCGAGGGCUCUACAAUCGACAUCCCGCCGGGAUCGAUCCUGGAGAACGUGGUGGUCCAGGGUAGCUUGCGUCUGUUGGAGCAUUAG